ACACACACACAUAACGCACACGCACAAUAUAACGCACACACACACAUAACGCACACACUCAAAACGUGUUGAGUGAUUUUGCCCCCUAUCUUCGCCAACCGGCACUCACCAACGUGGUGAAGUAUGGUUAAAAAAACCCCACGUCGUCAUCCAGCAGGGAAUUCACAAAAGGCGGCGGUGGCUAUGCACGCGGCGUGAGUCCAGCCCAGUGGAGGCGAGGGUUGGUGGAUUACACAUCGGUCGUGAGACUCCCCGUGAGCCUGUCUCGCCAGGAGACGUCGGUACAGCAAAAGGUGGACUCAAAUCUCCAUCUGUUCCAUCUGUAUGGGACAGAGUUCCGCCGCUUCCUCGCGCGCGUGGGGUUUGCUCCAGGUGCUCCGGUUCCUUCCCACACAUAUAUAAACACCAAUUGGCGGAAAACAUCUGAAUAUACAAAGGACCACGGAUCGUGGGCAAUUGCUGGUCGCGCAGGCUCCUGGCGUGGGUGCCUUCCCGCGUGUCCAUGGGUUUUCGCGCGCCUCUGAGUCGUCCCCUCUCUCUUUCAUCCAGAGCGAGCAAAUACCGUGCACUUUAGAGGUGAACGUUCUUGUUGAAGGGCCGUGCAUUGUCAUACUACUUUUAAAUAUGACUUUCAAUCGUAGGGCAGGUCGGCCUCAAGGUUCUCGAUGCACGUGUAUAGACGCAACGAAGACACGCACAGACGCGCGCGCACACAGGGUAAGACACACGCACGCACACAUAGAUAAGACAAAGAUCCCCCGUGUAGUCUUAACAUACUUUUGGGAGCAAGUGCCGUUGGCGACAAUCGACAGACAGACAUACGCACAGACGCAGCACAUACGCGUACAGAGGCGCGCGUGCACACAAAAAAAAACAAAGAGACACGCACAGCAGAGACAACACACACACCAACACACCGCUCUAUGCCGCAUGCAGAUGCACACCGCUCGGAGCAUUUCUGCUCCCUCCUCGCGUCUCCCCGCCCCGCACACGCGCUCCCUCCCACGCGUGGCCCACCCGAGACUCUCCCUACCCCGGUGCAGUCCGCGUCUCUCCCCACACCAAGAUCGCGAGUCUCCGUGACCACGUGGAGCGCGCGGCGGGUUGAGCACUGGCGGCGCGCGGCACGAUCCGAGCACAGCGCUCCCUCCUGGAGCACACAAACACAGCUUGCAAUCCUCUCAACCAAUACACCGACACACAAGCACUUACACACGUUCACCAACACACGAGCACACCUGGCUAACACGCCUUACCUACACAAACUAACACACCGACAAACCGGACAUCCCACCAAAUACCCCCAAAAAACGUUCACACCCUACCAAUAUCCAACAGCCACUCAAAAAAUACAACCGAGCAACACCCAGCCCAACCAAAACAACCCACUACUCAACCAAUACGCAUAUUCACCAAACCAAGCAUGUAACUAGCACACAACCACCACACAACGACACACACAGACACCCCUAAACAGUACACACUACCCACAGCACACCCGACACACCGAACCAAGAUCCAACACUCGACCACAAACACCCAGCCCAGACACUCUCAACACACCACCACCACCACCACCACACGCCAGCAGGUAUCACCCUGCGUUCAGUAGCAUCAGUUGAAGGAGGAGGUGGUGGAGGAGGGUUUGAGAGGGGUUGGGCCAGCUGCAGGAGCGAUGGCCAGCUGCAGCGUGCCACAGGUGUCGGGCCUGUUGGCCGCGGGCAUGGCCCUGGUGCUGCUUUCCUUGGCCUUCGUGAGCGACCACUGGUACGAGACGGACGCGCGCGCGCACGCGGCGCGCUGCCGCGAGCGCCCGGCCGGGCCCUCCGCUCACGACCCCCCGGGGGGCUACAACCUCCCGCUGCGGGACCUGCCCGGCGUGCCACCGCAACACGGGGCACCUGGCAGAGAUGGCGGUGGAGAUGAUGAUCGUGAUGGAGGGCAACGAGUUGGCGCAAAGUCUGGACGAUCUGGAGGGCCCGGAGGAAGAGGAGGUUCCGGAGGGCAUUUGGGUGCUGGGGGCUCCAGGCUGUCUGGUAGGAGGCGGGACCCCCAGGCGCGUUUUGGAGGGGGGGCUCCCGUGGGCACUGGAGUGGUGGCGGACCCCGCGGGCAGGGUGAGGGACCCCGCCCAGGGGGGUCCCGGGGAGAGCGCGGGUAAGGAGCAGGAGCAGGAGGAGCAGCAGCAGGAGCCCGAGUGUGACCGCGCCGUCUUCUCGGCGCACGCGGGGCUGUGGAGGCGCUGCUACCGGCGCGGCCACGACCCCGAGCUGGACGCCCUCGUGCAGAAAGGAUCGCUGCGUCGCUGCGUGGCUGUCCGCUACAGCUCCUCCAGGAGGAGCCUGGCCAGGCAGCUGUCACACAACGCGACGAGACGCCUGCAGCAGGACGAGUGGCACCUCCUGCACCUACGGCGCAUCACUGCCGGCUUCCUGGGCAUGGCUCUGGCCGUGCUCGGCUGCGGGGUGGUGAUCGGGGCCUUGAGCUGCUGCUGGGAGCCCAGCCUCACGCAGCACGUGGCCGGCCUGCUCUUCCUCAUGGCCGGCAUCUUCUGCACCAUCUCGCUGUGCACGUGCGUGGCCACGGCGUCCCACGCGCUGCCCCGCGGCGUGGCGCGCGGGUUCGGCUGGGCCCUCGCGUGCGGGUGGUGCGGCCUCGCGCUCGCCCUGGCGGCCGGCUGCGUCUUCACCGCGUGCCCGGCCGUGCGGCGCAAGCGGUUCGCGUUCGUGCAGCCGGACCCCAUUGACGUGUCGCCCUGAGACGGCGCGCAGGGACGGCCAGGGGUGGAAGUGACGCAAGACUCGUAGACGCGACUGCCUGACGCCACGGCACUCUGAGGACCCAUUGACACCGCACACCUUCGUGGGACGCACGGACACACGCACGGACACACGCGCACACACACAAAGACAAAUGCAAUGAACCACCCGUAUAGCACGGGGCCAGCACCACGCCCGGCCGCCUUUGUCUCCCCAGUGGCGAUGUUUACGCACCGCACCAGGUA